AAUAAAAAUUCACAUUUAAAAUCAAUUAAAUUGAGUUAAAGAUUAUCAACUUUUAACUUUCUAAUUAUUAUUAUCAAAUUCUGUAAAAAAGAUACGUGUUUUGAUACACAAACAUUUGUUAAUGUGAUCAAACAAUAGUUAUUAACAGAUUUGUAUAAUAGUCAUAAUAUAUUGACAAAAUUUGAGCAAACGUGAUCACCAAUGUGUAACACAAUAUAAUAUAAUUGGGGCCCACACACAUCUUUCAUAGUUCUACAAAUUGCCUCGUUAGAUUAGAGAGGACCCUUUAACAUUUUAAACGAACCUUGUAUUCGAAAACACCCUGUACAUAACGACGCAUGGUUCGGUAGUUGAUUAGAUUUAAAAGAAUGCCCCGUCACCUGCGCUGUUGAAAGGAGACUAGGCCCCGGGAGCGACGGCAGUGGGGAGGCUCGUGGUGACGAGGAGAAGGAGGGGAUGAGGGUAAGCGGGAGAAGAGGAGGGUAAAGGAAAGGAGGUGCCGGAGUGCCUGAUCGUCAGCAACGAGAGGCCCGGGCAUGAGGCCCCAGCGAUCACUGACCGCUUUCGCCGAUCCCGGCCGCCAACUAGCCACCUUUCAGCGGCGCAGCCAUUGGGGUAUCCUCCUGCUUAAGGUCCAUUCACAUUGCAUCGCUAAUCAAACCUGACAAAAAAGAAUCGUUCCGUGAUGCUUACGGGCCCCGUAAAGUUGUGAAAAUUGCCUUUAUCGGCAUGGGACCGGCUACCGCCGAGAUUAAAGCAGCGGGAUUUAUGUAAUUGUCGAUAACGAAAUGCCCAGUCGGGAUUAAAAACGUUAACGUUUAAUCUGAGUAGAAGCCAUCAAGAUAUUGGACUAAAUUCGAGUCGCGAAAUUAAUGUCGUUAAUGAUAAUUAGAGAUACGCUCGCGUCAUAUCAAUUUGCGUGUGUAGCAAAAUUACUCGUAAAUUAACAGUGAUUAGUACAAUCCUACCUUCUGAGGGAUUAAAUCAAGUUUGCGCGCAGAACAGUAAGACUUUUGAUACGUCUGUAUCGUUCAUUGGAGCGGUUACGGUAAUUGGCGACGAGAAUGUAUGUAAUAUCGGCCAAAAAUUGCGUCUCGACGAAAGUCGACGAAAAUAAUCUCGGAGAAUGAAGUAACUCUUUCCCGGAAGAACUCGAGAUAUUUCUGUAAUGAGAAAGAAUGGCGCGAACUCUCUCGAGGUAAUCGAGAUAGUUAGCAGGUUGCAGUUUCGUUUUAUGGCACGUGAUACAUGGUUAAUCCGCAAAACAUCGGACACCCGGGGAAUAAUAUUACGGGCGCUUAUAGACGGCUAAAAUGCAGUCCAACCGUUGGCAAUUACCAAGGCGAGAGGGAACUGGCGAAAGAGUGAAAUAUAAUAUCGAUACGGGUUUCGCGGCCUUGGUAAAGAUCUUGUAAUAACGAUCAAUGAAUACGGAUAAAACAUACGUUUAAUUACGAAAUCGGUAGUGUAUCCAUAUCGUCGGCAAUAACAAUGGCGAAGAUGAGAUAUCGAGUAUUUUACAAGCUCUCCUCGAGUAAGCCAUUACGCGUACUUUCAUGAAGAAAAUUAGAUUAAAACAUAUAUCAAAAUCAAGGUAUUCAAGAAAUGAUGACACAAACGAUGUAGUAAUUUAUGAUCUCGGAUGAUCGAUUUUAUUAGAUGCGGAUACAUUGUAUCUUGUCGAGGGAAUGGAGUUUGUUAAAUCGUUGACUUAAGUGAUGAUGAUGUCCGAGAGACCUUUUGCCAACAAGGAACCCUACUUCGAGCAGGUAAAAAGGUAACAAAUCACAAUGGGAGGUCGAACUGCUAAGCACUGUUUUCUGAAAGGUGGUGUUCUCAACAAAAGAUCACUUGAUACGACGCUACAUACAAUUUUUGGGACAACAAAUGCUGUUUUAUGAUGAUCGACAUAAAACUGUAUGAAUUUUGAUUAUUAUAAGAGUAAUAUAAGAAAUUAACUCAAAUUUUAAGAAAUAAUAUUAAAAUGUAGAUCUUUUUUAAAUAUGCUUUCGGAAACUAAAAUUGGUUUCUUUUAAUGGUUUUUUUUUUUAAAUAAUUAUCAAUUAUUAUUUUUUGUACUCUAUUGUAAAAAAGUAAGAUUUUUAGAAAUAGAUUUGAUUUAAAAAAUGCAAAUAAGAACAUGAUUUCUGCCAUGAACGUAAACAUGUGCGCAUGCAGAAAAAUUGAUAGAUAAAAUAAACCAUAGCUAGAUACAUUUACAUAGUAGUAUUGUACGUAAAAAGUAAUUUAAAAGUGUAAAAUGCAAAAUUAAUCUUUUCCAAUCAUAAUCAUUAGAAAAAAAGACGAUCACAAGAAAUGCGAAAGAACGCGACAGAAAUUUACAAAAAGUAUUUGCAAAACGUGGGAUAGCAGGAAUACAGGAACUUAAACGGGAUUCGCAUAAAGGCAUCGGGCAAACAUCCUUUUUCGAGAUCCCGUUCUACGUGACAGAAUCGUAGAAACGAUGUGAGAACAGAUGACGGUGAGGUUUCGCGAACGAAUCGAACGGCAAUAUGACGAAAGAAUAGAGAGGAAGAGAAGCGGAGAUGGAGGAAGAUCGACAAGAAGAAAGAUAAAAAGAAGGAGAGAGAAAGAGAAAGAGUCAUAAAGGGAGAUGCGAGGAGUGUGCAGUGCACUAAGAAGAGAGAGAAAGAGAGAGAAAGAAAGAAAGAGAGAGAGAGAGAGAGAGAGAGAGAGAGAGAGAGAGAGAGAGAGAGAAAGAGAACGCGUGAUGAAAAAAACGGAAAGAGAGGACAAGGAAAUAAGAACGUAGUGGAUGGAGAAGAUUGCAGAUGUGAAGGAGCCACUGCAAGGACCCGGAGAGUGUACCUGUCUUGUUUUUAUAGGCUUGCCAGAACGUCGGGACCCGGGUACGCGGACGAGGACGAGGACGACGGCGUCAGCGACGGCGACGGCGGCGACGACGACGAUGACGACGAUGACGACGACGACGGCGACGAGGAGAAGGCGAGGAACAAGGUGGGAGAAGGAAAGACGCGGAGUGGCGAGCGGUGGAAGGUGGCAACUGGAGGGACGGUGAGGAGGGGGGAGAGAGGGUAACGCCAGGGCCUUACAGUCCUCCGCCAACCAGUCCUGGUGAAACCGUGGGCCUUACCGGAGUCCUACACGCGCGCGUCAUACCCGCGACGGUGACUUUUCGUUGUCCACGAGAUUUUUCUCACCGUCGGAAAGACGAUAAUCUCGGGGUCGCUGAACCUACUCCUCUCUCCCUUUCCUCUGUCGCGAACGCGUUUAUUUCGUCCCGUUAGCGUGCGCGCGCGCACGUUGUUCAUCCGAACGAUUCGCUCUCUUUCUACGAGACGAAUCGCCGAGGAUGAAACCGCCAGGAUCGUAAAGUGCAAGGUGCAAAAGGUCGAUCGUCGACCGACAAGCGCAAGGAGGGACAAGAGAGAGAGAGAGAGAGAGAGAGAAAGAAAGAGAGAGUGAUAUGGAUGACGUGAUGAGAUGAAAUCGCGGCAACCCGGUUUAGAUGGAUCGACGCCGGUUUCGCGAGACGCACCAGUGGCGUUAGUUGGCAUUAGAAAUAGGUACCCCUCGGGGAGAGGGGGCACGGGGGGGGACCACUCCACAUUGAUGGAACAGUGAUUAACACAGCCGAAAGAUGCGGGGUAGUCCUGCCUUCCUCGCCAUACUGCUGGGCACAAUAUUCGGUGUCCUAGGUGCGUCUCUGAGCAAGGCGCUCAGGUACAAGGCACCGGACGAGUGCAAGUGGGUCACGACCGGCGACGCCGAGGACGACGUAUCGCUCGUGUGUCGUCUGCGCACCAUCAACAGCGAGCUAGAGAACACGAACUUCAGCGUGAUACAGCCGCAGCAUACGGUGCGCUUGCGGCUGGAAUGCAGCGACGCGCUAUUCUAUCAGAGUUCCCUGAGCGCAGGGAGCUUCAGACCGCUAGUCGAGCUGCGCGAGCUCGUGAUCGAAUACUGUAAGAUUGGCAAUCUGUCGGACGACGCGUUCAAAGGUCUCAAGGAGUUGCGCAACCUCACUGUAAGGACGCACAACACCGACUGGUCGGCAAUGGCGCUCGACGUGUCCGCCGGGGCGUUCACCGAUGAGCUUCGGCAGCUGGAGAAACUCGAUCUUGGCGAAAAUAACAUGUGGGGUAUACCGGAGGGCGCGCUCUGUCCUCUGGUCAAUCUGGAGGUUCUGAAUCUGACGAGAAACCGGCUCAGGGACAUCACGGGUUUCCGUUUCAACGCGGCGACGAGAUGCCUGACGAAUCUCAGGGAGUUGGAUCUCAGCAAUAACAGCGUCGAAUCCCUGCCAAGCGCGGCGUUUUCCGGUCUGACAAGGUUGCAUAGCCUGAACCUGCAAUGCAACGCCAUCAGCUUCAUGGCGGACCGUGCAUUCGAAGGCCUGACGUCGCUGGCCAUCUUGAGACUCGCCGACAACCGACUCGCGAGCCUGCCGCCGGAGCUCUUCAGUGACGCCAAGGACCACAUAAAGGAGAUUUAUCUUAGGAACAAUACAUUGAACGUUUUGCCACCCGGUUUGUUCAGCGAGUUGUCGCAGCUAGUAGUGUUAGACCUCUCGCACAAUGAGUUAACAGCGGAAUGGGUGAACGCGGCUACGUUUACCCGUUUAGUGCGUUUAGUGGUAUUAGAUCUGUCGAGCAAUCGUAUCGCGCGACUUGAUCCGACCGUUUUUCGCGAUCUGUACAGUCUGCAGAUAUUACGGCUGCAGGAAAAUCUAUUGGAGAGCCUGUCAGAGAACACGUUCUCGGCGCUCUACAACCUGCACACAUUGCUGCUCAGUGACAACCAGUUAACAGUCAUAGACGCCACAACAUUGAGUGGCCUUUACGUGCUCAGUCUCCUCUCGCUGGAUAACAACCGGUUGCAUACGAUACAUCCGGACUCUCUGAGAAAUGCCUCGUCUCUACAGGACUUUCAUCUUAACGGUAAUCGGCUGACAUCGGUGCCGGACGCAUUGAAAGCCACUCCCCUCCUGCGCACCCUCGACCUCGGCGAGAACCUCAUCUCCGAGAUACCGAGCGGCACCUUCGACCACGUGGAACAGCUGUAUGGGCUUCGAUUAACCGAAAAUCAUAUUGGCAAUCUCACGAAGGGCAUCUUCGAUCGUAUCAAAGAGCUCAAGAUUCUGAACCUCUCGCGAAACCGCAUUCAGUACAUCGAACCCGGUACCUUCGACGAAAAUCUGAAUCUACAGGCAAUACGGCUCGACGGCAAUCAGCUGACCGACAUCGCGGGCCUCUUCAACAAACUGCCGAAUCUCGUCUGGCUCAAUGUGAGCGAUAACAAGCUCAAAUGGUUCGACUACGCAAUGAUACCGACCGGGCUGCAGUGGCUGGACAUACACUCGAACGAGAUCCGGGAGUUAGGCAACUAUUUCGAGAUGGAAACGCAGCUGCAGCUGAGCACUUUCGACGCGAGCGAGAACAAGCUUACGGAGAUCACCGGCAGCGCGAUCCCCAUGAGCAUCGAGCUGUUGUUCCUCAAUGACAAUCUCAUCUCCAAAGUGCAGAGUUAUUCGUUCUUCAAGAAGCCGAAUUUGACACGAGUCGACCUAAAGGGCAACCAAAUACGAAAUCUCGAGCCCUACGCGUUGCGGAUCAGCGCGGUACCGUCGGACCGACCGCUGCCGGAGUUCUACAUCGGUGACAACCAGUACCUGUGCGACUGCACCAUGGAGUGGCUGCAACGCGUCAAUCGGCAGAAUCAGACGCGCGUGCAGCCGCACGUAAUGGACCUCGAGAGCAUCUACUGCAAACUUCUAUACGAUCGCGAGCAUGCCUUCGUGCCGCUGGUCGAGGCGUCGCACUCGCAGUUCCUCUGCAAGUACGACACCCACUGUUUCGCCCUGUGCCACUGCUGCGACUUCGACGCGUGCGACUGCGAGAUGACAUGUCCGCAAAACUGCACGUGCUACCACGACCAAUCGUGGUCGGCAAACGUGGUGGACUGCUCCAACGGCGGACACGUCAACAGACUACCCGAACAGAUACCGAUGGACGCCACGCGUCUCUAUCUGGACGGGAACGACCUGCGCGUCGUGUCGAGUCACGCUUUUAUCGGUCGCAAAAAGCUCAAGGUGCUGUUCCUCAAUUCGUCGAACAUCGAGAUCGUGCAGAACAGAUCGUUCAACGGACUGCGCGACCUCGAGGAUCUGCACCUGCAAGACAACAGGAUACGCGAGCUGCGCGGCCACGAGUUCGAGGGACUGGAUGCGCUGCGACAGCUGCAUCUGCAACGCAACCGCAUCGCCACGAUCGGCAACGACACGUUCACGCCACUGCGCUCCCUGCGGAUACUGCGGUUGCAGAACAACCAUCUGACCACCCUGGCGAUAUGGUCGCUGCCGGGUUCGAUCGAGGUCAGUCUGGCCGGGAAUCCUUGGUCCUGCGAGUGUGAUUACCUGCAGAGUUACCGCGAGUGGUCGCGCGAUCCGAGCGUUCGCGUCGCGGACGCGGCCGCGCUGCGCUGUGUGUACAACGUCACGGAGUUCGAGGCGUUCGGCGACGAGGUGUUCGCGGACGACGAGUUCGGCUUCCCGGUGAGCACAGUGUCGGACGAUCGCGAGCGAGCCGGGAACGAGACCGGCGUCUGCACCGGCGAGAUUAGCGUCGACAACGACAUAUAUCACAAUUACACCAAGACCAUCAUUGAGAAGCAGGUCCUGCAGGAUUAUCUGCCGCUGCUGGUGGCGACUUCGGCCAGUUCGCUCGUCGUCAUACUUCUGUGCAUGCUCGCCUUUGUGUUUCGUCACGAGCUGCGCGUGUGGUUUCAUUCGCGUUUCGGCGUGCGGAUAUUCUAUCGGAAUCACGAGGUCGACCGGGACGACCGGGAUAAGCUGUUCGACGCUUUUGUGAGUUACAGCUCGAAGGACGAGGCGUUCGUCGCCGAGGAAUUGGCGCCGGUACUCGAAAUGGGCAACCCCUCGUACAAGCUGUGCCUUCACUAUCGGGACUUUCCGGUCGGCAGCUUCAUAGCCGACACCAUCGUGCAGGCCGUAGAGUCGUCGCGCAGAACAAUAAUGGUGCUGUCGGAGAACUUCAUCAAAUCCGAGUGGUGCCGAUUCGACUUCAAGUCGGCGCACCAUCAAGUGCUGAGGGACAGAAGACGGCGGCUGAUCCUCGUGCUGGUCGGCGACGUGCACCAGCGCGAUCUCGAUCCGGACAUACGACUGUACUUGAAGACGAACACGUAUCUGCAGUGGGGUGACAAGCUCUUCUGGGAGAAGCUGCGAUUCGCAUUGCCGGACGUGCCGAACAAUCAGCGCACGACGCAGAGGACGAGGCAGCCGCCGCCGGUUCGACGGCAGCACAACAACAGAACGUCCAACGGAUCGCGCACCGUAUCCGUCCACAUAUGAACCGCUCGUUGGAGUCAAACCCGCGUCGAGUGUCAAAGGCUCGACGAGCUCUCGGUCGCAAGAGUACAACAGGGAAGACACGGAGCUUCACGGAGCUGAGGAUUUCGUCACGCUCGGAGCGCGACUCCAAGACGCGUGUUCAAACGGUGUGCAAUAUGAUGAAUAUAUUAAAGAGUGUGUAAAUACGGUGGAUUUCUUUUAUAUAUAAAUAGAGGUGUGCCGAGGUGUGUGCGGGAGGAAGAGGCCACGUGUACAUAAACGGUGUGUGUGAUAAGAGUGAAAAGGAAAAAAUAUAUAUAUUUAAGAUGCGCUCUCUCCCCGCGCAAAAAAAGAGUACACCCGGUGUGCCGCGCGCGGGGCUCUGUAAAUUUGUUGCAGCGCGUCGUCUGUACGAGAGUGGUUAGCUGAAACUCGUUGUAAAUAGGACGUCGUCCGCUCGGUCGCGAAUCACGGCCGGACCGGCACCGUUAUUCGGCUCGUGGUACGUGCGACGAUUACGUUGGGUGCGUAUAUACGUAUGUGAGUGUGUGUGCCGUGAUCGUGGAACGCAAGAGAUGAGCCUGCAGCCCAGCAUGCGGUCUCUCGUGUGCUUAAAAUUCGUUGCUCCCUCGUCCUUUACGCGCCCGUUCGACAACGGGCAUCAUUUGUUGAUUCGUAGUGCAAAUAGUUUUCCGGCAAAAUGGUGCCGGAUUUCUCGGAUGGAAUGUUGCGUCGGCGUAAUUAUUUUAAUUUCGGCAAUUAUCUCACGCGCGCGCGCGCGCGCGCGCGUGUGUAUGUGUAUGUGUGCUUCCACGAUCAAUUCUUAGAGUAAAAUAUCGCUUAACAUCGAGCCGAGAUUAUGUCUCAAGUGACCCGUCUGAACCUCGACUCGACUGUUUAGAUAGCUUGGCUCAAGCCGCUGCGCCAACAGUGAUACCACUUCCUAAUUAUAAUUAUUAUAUGUAUAUUUAAUUGUAUUUACAUUUCUCUUCUCUCUGGUUGAUGACGAAUUUCAUCCAGGAAUACGAGCUUACGAGCGUUCCAGCGGUAAAUGCUGACCACGCUCCACGGUGAUAACGAAAAAUUCUGGGCGCGAAUAUUGUAAAGUAUUACUUUAGUCCUAUUUAUUUCGUUCCAAUCGAUAAAGAAACUUUUUAUGCGAUUCGUAUGCAUCAUGUUUUAUAACGCGAGAGUGAAAGAAAAUGGAGGUAACAAUGUAACAACGAAGCUGGCUUGCCGUCGAUUAACGAUUAAUUUAAGAAAACGUAAUCUACGUGCCGCGCAGACUUUGAAUUCGACGGUUCCAUUAUUGUCGGGUGUACAUAAAUCAAUAGUUGAGUCUUUAAUUUUACUGUUGAACUUAAAAAAAAAAUUAUUUUUAUGUACAAUCUCAAAUACGGAAUAUAAAUUGAAUGUAUAGAUUUUUAUGAACGCGUAACGGAGAGGCAGUACAUUUAUAUUCAUUGCAUAGAUGGCUCAAUCAUAUUUCAGUAAUAAAUUCAGCAUUACAAUAACGUCGGGGUGCAGUCGGCGCAAGAUGAAACAAAUCUUACGUGGCGUAUCUUACCCGAAAUGCAAACAGUCGAAUUCAAGGUGCGCGUUAUGUAGAAGGAAACCGAAGUGCUGCUACAAAUAUUUUGAGAUAUGAUGUACAAACGUGAAAUCGUUUUCUUUAGCUUUUUUCGCAAGCGGUUAUUAUGUUUCAUGCAAACUGUUCGACACAACAAAAAAAGAUAUUAUUCUAGAAUAAAAGCUAUGACUGAAUAAUAAAAAACAUUCUAUUUUUAUGUUUUUAAUUUUUUUUUCUCUUAUUCUAUGAUAUUGCCUUCCCCAAUCGUUGUAACGUUGUAACGAUGUCGGAUCAUAGUUCAAACUAAACGUCCUAUAUCAGCAAAAAAAUUCUCGACCAUUCAACGUGUAUCAGAUAUUUUUGGGAACACGUCAAUUUUAACACGCCUCGCGAUUCACUGCAAUUUCAGUUCUCAAACUGCAUUUUUCUCAAAGACGAAGUAUUUCUUUCUUCAAGCGUACUUGUCGAGAGAAAUGUCAAAGGCGCAUUAAAGGCGAAUUUACAAACAGUAUGCAAUGCACUUCCUCAUUUUCAGUUAAUGCAAUAAAAUGACAAAGCGGUACACGCGAUAUUCACAGCAUGACAAUUAAAUCCACUAUUUCGAUGCAGGCUUUGUGCGCCAUUUUCUGAGGUAGCACGAGAACAAAACAAUACUUUAUGUUAAUCGAGUCACGUCUGUAUACAUUGUCAUCACGUCUUGUUACCGUUGCAUCAGCGGAAUAAGUAAUAUCUACCUGAGGGUAAUAGAAAAGAGACAAUUUGGUAGGAGACAGUUAAGAGAAAAUUCCGUGUUACCCCCUGCGGCAAAAUUGAAUUAAAUUCUUUCGUUACGCCAUUCUAAUUCGAAUGAAUACGAAAGAGGACGCAUUUAAAAGAUACUUAAAAAAAAAUUUGGUAAACGUUUCAAAAAAAAUUCUACAGCCAGCGUGUAAAAUAAAGUAAUUGUCGCAUUUAUACAUUUCACGGAAAUACGUUAAAAGAUGUGAAACCACACGCGCAAAGAAAAUUGAUAGUAUCUAACGGUACUAUAUGGAGAGCUAUGAGAAAAUGCAAAAAUCUAAUUCGUCGGUUACAAUCUCCGAUCUUGUCGCGACUGCUACGGCAUGCAAUGCAACCUGCAACGCGCCACGAGUAGCGUAGGAGCGCGGGCUAAAUGAGCCACUAGCUAGAAAAUUGUAGCUACGUGAAAACGCUCGCGAAAGUUACGUUAUUGCACCGCGCGCGAUUGCGUGUAAUCGUCGUGUAAUCAAUGCCGGUGUAACCGGCCCGGCCUGCAGCGGCGCGCUUCGAUCGACGCGCGAAAUAAGGUGGUAGCGUAACGUCCAUUGCGAUAUAUCGGGGGAAUAAUGCCGAAGAAUAAGUACACACCGUAACGGUGUCGCGGUAAAGUAACGCGGCCUCGCGCGAUAACGAAUAUAUACAAUAUUAUAAUAUACGCGGCGUGGGAGAAGCGCCGAGAGAGUCCCACCCUACAUACCGUGACUGCCGGGGCAUUUUGCGGUUUGGCUAAUGACACGCGGAAUUCGCAAUCGCAUUGUGCACCGCGCGGCGCCCACCGUCGUUCCACCGACGAUCGUACAGCUGCGAUCUAGCAUUUGCCCGAGCUGGGGCAAACUCACCGCGCACCUCGACGCGUAGAUAGAUCGAUCAAUCCCGACGGACCUAUAUACCCGAUGAGAACGCAGCGCAAUAUCAUCGGUUAUCAUCGCGUGCGCGCGCGCGCGUGACAUUUAACUCGACUCGGCUCGAAUUAUUUCCGACGACUAAUCAAAACAAUCGGCAUCCGCGAUUAGUUCACUCCAACACCUAUUUCGCCCAGUGUCGUCAUCGUUCCUUCAAUUACGUUAGUCACGCGCACCGACAUUUUCGCUCCCAACAGUUUUUCAUUACCCUCCAGCGGUUAUUGCUUGAUAAUUUCGUGCCAAGAAACUCUCCCGGCGAGAGCGGGGGUACACGGGAAAGUCUAAUCGUGACAUCGAUUUGUCGGGGCAGAUUGCGACCGCGGCGCGGCCGUAGCGAGCGUCUACUACGGGGACCGGUAACGAGUCAACGCUCCUAUCUGCCAAUCCUGUUCUGCCACUUUUGUAAUUAACAAGUCCUUAACAACAUAUCACGGGUAAAACACUCUUUGCAUCGCUUAUGUUCCCCGUUGAAAGCGCCUGGUCAAGGCGGGCUCGUGGCCGUCAACCAGUCCCCUCGAGUAUAAUUUAAUGUACUGAGAAAAAUCGGAGAUACCACUACAGAGGCCUCCGCGCGCGACGGCGAGAGGAAGAAAUUAUAUACGAACGGAAGGGCAAGAGAUCGCGAGAUCUCAAUGGUCUAGAUACUCCAGGCGCGUUUACUACUCCUGGGCCGCGGAUAGAGUGGCGAAAGGAACGGAAUCAGGCGUGCCUAUCUCGCCCGCCGAUAUAAUGAGUCGGACAAAAAUUAUUUUUUGAGCGCGCACGCGCGCGGCCUGACGAUAAUGCCAUGGGAUUGUGUUAGGGGAGUUUAUAAACCUGUUCCCCCGCCCCCCCCCCCCCUGCUCGCUUAUCCGACUUAACGAGACAGGACUCGAGGUGCACGCUCGAGGUGACCUCGAGAGUAAGUAACGCCGGAGAAAUCGGCGCGAUGGAAUAAUCUGAAAUUAAAGAGCGGUCAUUAAAAUUGAUACAAAACGUCUUUAUAUACCGCGCCGCGCGAAUCGAAGCGACCCUCUCGGCGACUCGAUAUUAAUAUAUCGAACGCGUGCAGGACUAAGAGGCGAGUAGACGACAGGAUGCGCCGGAGAGCAGCCGGGCGGCGCGGUAUGUAACGGCUUCCCGAUAAAACGAGCGGCAAGUGAGGCGUUUUAACGCGCAUAUAAAGCCUCGUAUAGAUCUUUACUGCGGGGAAAUAAUGAAUCAGGAGUGCGCUGCGCUUUUCUUUCGCGUCCGCGACAUUCAUAAUAUCCCGACCCGCUCCUAACGUUCUCGCGCGCACUGCGCGCUCGCUAACUCGUUCGCGCGGCAGUUAAGGCAGCUUCCUUGAGAAUGCAGCCCGCCGACCUCCUUCAACCGCCGUACGUCCUCCUCUCCUUCCCCCGUCCGCUAAUCUGGUCGCCGAUGCUUUAUGCGGUAUAACGGAGUUUCUGUUUGCAUUAUCUGCCGGAACGGCAUACGCCACUUGCACGCCUUCGUCGUCGUCGUCGUUGUCGUCGUCGUUCAUCGUUCAUCUUGGCGUGCCGUUGCGCGGGCCAAGGAGGGUUUCGUGUAUCGAAUCGACACCGACGAUCAAUUCAAAUCGCCGUCGUGUCGGAUCAUUGAGCAGCCGCGUUUUAUCACACAGGUCGUUUGAGUCGUCCGAGCCGCAAAUCGCCCCGAUUCGCGAGAGAGAAGGGGAGAAAGGGAGAGAAAGAUGGCCGAGUCGUUAUUCCGGUUGAGAUUUGCGAAAUUUAAGCGGUACUCACGACGGGCAUUAAAUCAUGCGCAAGUCAGGAUUUGUGUCACCUCCGUGAUUAUACAGCCGUUGGAAACUGGGCGACGCGACGCGAAGUGCACGACGACCGUAAUCGCCCGCGACAUAAUCGCGGCGUAAUCGUGAUUAAUUAAGAUAACUCUCGAGAACUCUCUCUCUCUCCCCCAUCUCUCGCGUACACUUUUUCCCCUUCGAAUUUGCCUCGCCGGUAAUGGCGAUCUUUAAAACGCUUUUUUUUUUUUGACGCAACAGCUAAUCGCUGCCUGCGCAGCGUUACUCGCGUAACAUCUCGCGCGAGGUGGGGAAGGGGAAAAAAAAGAUUGACGGAAGUCGAGCGCGAAAAAAGGGAUUCGUAUCCUCAAUUGCCGACUGCUCGCUCUAUCCUGUCGACUGUGAACUUUAUAUUUGCGCGUACGCGUACGUAGUACAGUUAUCGCGAUUGAGAAUUUAGUGUCCCGCUUGCAUUGUCUCGCGGAGCGAAUGCAUAUUUCACACGUGCGCUAUCCAUACAGCCGCCGCCGCCACCGCCGCCGCCACCGCCGCCGCCGUGUACCCGCUGCGGCUUGCUGAUUAUGCGUGCCGUGUGGUAUAGUCGGUUACCCCUUGCAUAUACAUCGUCGCAACGCGCACAAGUCGCGCGAACGGGCGAGCGAGCGAGCGAGCGAGCGAGCGAGAGGGCAGCGUGUAACAUCAUAAUAACUCGCAGAAAUCAUCCGUACCCUCUUUGUACGCGAACUUUCAAAUGUGCAGGCAAAAGCGGAAUAAUGGCACCGAAGCGCGCGACGCUGCUGCGGCAUUCCAGGUAAUGACCGGCAAUUAAUUUCGCCCCCUUACUUCGUCACAAAGAGUAUCGCAUCCUCCGCGACCGUGCGCUAUUCUUGAAAUGCGACACGCACAUCUCGCGUACUCGAUUAAUGACCAUUCUUGUUGAUGUAAAAAGAAAAUGUGUGUAUGCGUGUACAAGAUGGAAGAGGAAAGAGGCGAGUGAGAUGACAAAUUGCUAAUUUUUCUUUAAGAUAAAUAACAGAUAACAAAUUAAUGUUCAAUUUUUAUUAAAGACUUUAUAUUGUAAUAAUCUCAUAGUUUAAUUUUAAUCUGUUUUCACGAGAAAGUAAAUGAUAUAAUGUGGAAUGUGUUUUAAAUGCACCUACAAGCAAUUUUUCGGUAUUUGUUUUUAAAUGGAAAGAUAUAUAUAAUUAAAAUAAAUGUGCUUCCUUCAUAAAAUCACAUGCGUGCAGUACAACAUAGUUAUGAACACACAUAAUAACAUGUUGUACGUAUAUUUAUUUUAUUUUUUCGCGUUGCAACAUUUUUAUGAUAAAUGAACGCAAGUCAUCUCACUCGCACAUGAGUAAUAUAAUGUCAAUCGUCAUAAUUUUGUAUAUUAUUUCCCAAAAUAUUAAAAAUGAGUUACUAUAUUUCUUGCUACAUUUUCUCGAAUUUUGCACCACAGAUUUGAACAAAACACACACAAGCUGAUUACUAGCGAGAUUGAGAUAAUAGGCAAAUAUCGAUGUUAACGUAUAAGGUUUUGCAAUUUACUUUGGAACCGUCGUGAAUCGUUUAGGAUUGCGGCAAACAAAUUUCUAGUUUAUCCUGUCAGGCGUAAUUAAUCAGAAGCGCGGUGGAUAAAUUUCUUCCCUGCCAGCAGAUACGUCGAUUUCUCGUCAUCGAUGAUGAAGUCAGUUUGACGAACGUCUCCACGGUGGAGAAGGUAUUUCGUGAUUUCACGUUCGCCCGUUACGACGCGCGAUCGUCGGAUAAAUGGACUUUUAACGAACCCCGCGAGCGCCGGAUAAUUCGAUUUAUUAAGCAAGUGUUGCCUCGUCCCGAACAAGCAUCGCUAAUAUUGACGGAGGUGGAUCUGCCUGUCGCUGCGAGACUGACACUGGCGGAAGAAACAUUCCGAGGCGAGAGCUGCUCGCUCGAUCGAUUACAAAGCACUUUCGCGGAACAUUGAAUUGGAUCCAAUCUCUUCGGGUUCAACGAGAUAGAGAGAGAUAGAGAGAGGGGGGCCGGAAGGGGAAGAGCGAGAAAGAGAGAGAGAGAGGGGGGAGAAGGGAGGGGAUAAAAAAAAAUACACGUUGCACCGACCGAUCGACCGACCGACCGACCGACCGACCGGUGACUUUAAUCAACUCUUUGCGAGCGCAACUGCUCGAGAGUUCGCGGGGCGUGUCGGGUACCAUUCCGGCGUUCUCGUGUAUGGUUACAAGUGCGGCUUGGGAGAGCUUCGUAAUAAUACCAUGGGACCACGUUGACACGCUUCGUUGCGCAUUAAAGCCAGCUGACAAUCCACCAAAGUUUUCGACAUUUUCAGACCGCGCUGAUACCACACUUGCACUUGCCGUUUCGAGGGUCACGAUUAUCCCUUGACUGUAAUAACGAAGCCCUCGAAGGACCCCGGUGCAAUUUCAACGUCCCAACUACCGCUCUACCGCUUUUCUUGAAAUUUUCUAUAUGAGCUUUGUCCUCAUAUGUGCUAAUUACACACGGCCAGGUUGUGUCCCGUUUUGCCAAGUAUUCCAUUUCGAAAUAUUUCGUUGGUCUCUGUAUAAUAUAAUAUAACGUUAAUAUAUGCGACGGUCGUCAGAAUGAUAAAGGAUCAGUCGCGCAACAUGAAUUAAGUUGAUUCAAUCAACCAUUGACCCAAUUAAGGAUUAAUUCCGCAUCUUGUGUGCGAAUAUUCGUGCUCUGCCUGGACUUGCAAAGUUCUAUUCCGUUUUUCUCAGAGUUAUGCGUUUUUACUUCGCGGAAAAUAAUUUUAUAAAAAAAUAUAUUUUUUUAAUGUAAUUAAUUAAAGAUAAGGACCCUUAUCUUCCGUCAUAACUAGAUCUUAGUGCUAAUAUUUUUGUACGAUUUUAUAUGUAUUUUCAAGUUUAUUAAGCUGUGCGUCGAAUAAAUUUUCUUUUAAUCUUUACAUUAAUUCUUUAGAGUAUUUAAAGAAUAGAGAUUCUCUUCUCAUUGGCAUCAUUGUCGUAAUAGAGGCUUUUUAGCAUCAUUAUUAUUAAAUUGAUUAUCAUUAUUUAAUAUCGAGAUAUUAUUUUACUUAAAACUGUGUUUCAAGACUAAAAAUUUAUAACGUUUUGAACUUAAAAACGUAUAUAAAAAUAUAUAGAAGAAAGAAAUAUCAGCACUAAAAUCCAACUAUGACCGAAUGAAGCUCGUCGAUAAUCCAUGUUUUUUUUUAUUACAUAUUUUUAACGCUUACCCAAACAUUUUUCCAUUAAUUUAGUCAAGUAGACCGUGACACGUUACCCAUGUGCGCGAGUUACCUCUCGAUAAAACCGAAAAUUGGAAUUUAUAUAACACGGAAUUAAGUAAAACACUUCCAAAUCGCGUUAAAGGUAACCGAAAAAACAUCUCCUCGGUCUCGUCUCUUUAAUUACAUCCGGGGAUCCUAGUAAUAGGUGCGGCGUUAAACCAAACUUGUACAACACUGUUGACUCUGGCGCGAUCAAAGCGCUUUCGUAUGUAAAUGAAAUUGUUUUAAGUUUUCAAUUACAGGUGGGGGGGGAGAGAGAGAGAGAGAGAGAGAGAGAGAAAAAGAGAGAGAGAGAAAGGGAUGCGCCGUUACAUUAGGAAUCGCCGAGCACCCGCGUCUCGCAACAAUCGUACUUUAUCGGGAACGUGCGCGAACUUUAAUUUGUACCAACGAUAAAAUUUUAGCCACAGAUCCACGCGCGUUAUUACGACGUCGCGCGCGGCAAUGUAAAUUUCUGUAAAGCUGUAAAAUAACCAUUGGAAGAGGGAUGUACAGGCGCGCAACCUACACGCGAGCGUAGCCUUGCGGGAAGAACAUCUGCUGCUGAGAGAAAAUGAGCACAGCUGCAAACGAUCGAAAUUCCCGAGCACGACCAUUCGCCCCGAUUUCGUGUCACGCGCGCGACGGCGAACGCGCAAAACAAUGAAAACUUGAAAACGGCAAAAGUCUCUCUCUCUCUCUCUCUCCCCGCGUACUCUCUCCGGUGCUCUCGGGUGCAUCUGCGACUGUCGAUAAGAUUGCUUCCAAGAUAACAAUCAUCCACUACGUCAGUCGCAAACGUAUAAUUUAAGCUUCCGCGGUUCCUUCCUUUUUUCCCUCUUUUGUCAUAAAACAAAACAACUCACUGUGUUCUCUGCAUUACGUUAUUCAUUCGGCAACUUGUUAGAAUGUGACUUCGGAUAAAAUUCUCUUCCAGCAUUUCUCUGCCAACACACACUUCGCACGAAAUUUCGAAAUAUUCUAUGAAUUUUGUUUUUUUUUGGGGGGGGGGUGGGGGGUUACGUUUAUCAAAUCGUUUGUUACGUUGCCGUAAAUACGUCACGAAUUUUUAUUUUUAUAUUAAUUUUUUUUACAUAACGCACGCGUUUCAUGGAAAUAUAUUUUUUCGUUAUUUCCAAAAAAAAGAGAAAAUAUUUCUGUUAAUUUUAAUGCGCAGCCUCCUUCACUUCGCGUGGCAUGCGUUUUAUUAAAGUUUUAACUCAAAACAUUUUUCCGAAAAUACCAGUUCCCGAACAUUCGUUACGAGGAAUCUGAUUAUACUCCUCACUCAAUUUCACGCGGCCGCGGAUAGAAGGUUCGCAGCAUGAUCACGGCUCCGCCGCGGUCGUUCGAAGGCACCAGGGAGGAGAGAAGGUUGCUAACAACACGAAGGGCGAGAUCUAUGUCCUUCCGCGCUAUGGACGCGCGCAAACGUGCGAUUUAACGCCCGGCUAAAGCGGGAAUUAAGUUAUACGCUGAUCGUGAUAAGUAGGAACUCCGUCGAAUGAUUAAUACCGCGUGCCCCGCUCGACGCUCGCGCGCUCGUUGGGAUUUAUCGGUACGCAUCGUUGAAGAUUCCAUUGCCGUAAUUCUCGUGCAGGUUCGCGCUCCUCUUGUGCGAGGAUAUCUUUCUCUCUUUCUCCUCUCUUACAGAAAUAAAAAAAAAGGGGGGGACGAGCAUUCGAUGACGACGUCCCGUGUAACCCUGGAACGCACUCCCGAGGUAAAAAUCCAGUUUACCGAGUCCUCGCCCUCGGGAAAUCGCUUCUCGUGAAGGGAGAGAGGAGUUCAUAAAUGAUAAUCAUGGGGUGGAUAUUAACUAGCACGCGGGCCGCCCGACGUAAAAAGCCCGGGCUCUCUCUCCUCUGUCCGGCUAUGUAAAUAAAACUUUCGCGUUAUCCGCGACGAUCAAACUCGCCCGACGCGGCUGCCGGAGAGCGUUCCUUCUUACUCGCCGUUCGUUCCGCGGGGCUGCUCACGCGGACCUUAUUUGGUAGCCAGCGGCCCUUUCUGCGAGAGAGGGAGAAAAAAAAAAGGGAACGUUUGAUACUUUUCCAAGACCGUUCCGGAAUGCGAUUUCCAUAAUGAAAUUUCGUAUGGAAAUGCUUUCGGGAUUUGCGGCCUGCGGGAAGCGCCGCUGCAUUCGUGUCCGAGAGGAGAGAUACGCGCACAACGGGUAUUUCUCCUUCUUUUCUUAUUCUAUUCCGGACGAGCGCACAGUUGUGAUCGCGUCCGGCUACGCGAUCGUACCAACUUUUCUUCCGCUCACCUGUCGAUAAAUCGAAUGUUAGGCGCGAUAGAGAUAUCGCGCUCAUCCGCGGCGGCGGCGGCGGCGGCGGCGACGCGGCGAAAUCGGAAUCCUCCCCCCUUUUUUUUUCUCGUAAAACGAGAACGACGGAUCCCACUGGAACCGAAAACGUCGGUGAAAACGUCCUCUCUAAUUUAAAGGUAUUUCGAAACGCGAUUGCCGAGCCGGACAGCGCCAUGCGUGUCGGCGUACUUUAUUGGGCGCUAGAACGUCGCCGGAUGCAAAUCGAAUCGAUCCGACGACGACGAUACGAUCCUCAAUCGAGCGGUCUUCCGAACGCGGAGGAGAGGAAACACUCGGGAGUACUUUAUAUUCUGCGAAGCGGACUCCGCGAAGAAAUUUUUCUAUUCCGAUAACUGCUUAAGUUUCUACAACGAAACUGCACUCGGGGGUUAACCCUCUCUUUUUCUCUUUCUCUUCUCUCUUGUGGUAACAUUUAACUCCGGAGUUUUAUUACCGCACUUCCGUCUGAGAGCGCAGGUUUGGCUUAAGAUCAUCGGGUCCAGAAAUCACGAAUGAAAUCGCGAUAUCGGGGAAAUUCGAGGCGCGCGCGGAUGUCUGCGUCAAUAAUAUGGGAAUACGGCGGGGUAAAACGUGAAAUAAAUGUAAACAAACGCUCCUUCCGUUUUCUUAUCGUUUCCGUAUUUCAGUUUUCUUGAGUAAAACGGACUCUCAUUUUUCUCGCGACUGCUAUUCAAAUGGCGUAGAAACUGCAAGCCAAAUUAGCUCCGAAAAAACACAGAAGAGCAGUAGUUAACUUUAAGUACACAGUGGAUGAAUAUUUUCUACCACCGCGUACGGUGGUGCAGUAAAAUUGUAUACCGCACUUCGUUUUUUUUUUUUGCAUAACUUUUGCGUAUAAUUCUGAAGAUAGAAAUAUUGCAAAAUAACAGUGACAGAUGAGAUUCGUACAUAUAUAUAUAUAUAUAUAUAAAAUGACGUGAAAAUUACGUAUCUCUCCGCGCGCCAUCCAUCAUGCGUGUGUUGCGAUUUGUUUGUUCACAAAGUCUCUUAGAUACGACGAACUGUCUUCAAAGACACGAUUUCGCAACAUCAGCCUCGAUCGACUCGCGCGAAGAACAACGCUCGCGCGCACGGAGGUGCGCAAAUAUAAAUCGACGGCUAUUACCAUUUAAUGAGCGACGUCGAGUCGCGCGCGCUAGAAAGGUUUGACGGAUAUCCACGCGGCAAACUGCGGCGUAAUUGUGUACAGAGAAAAUAGUACGGGAGCGCGCAUUUUGAAAUCGGAAUGCGUGAUGCCGGAGAGCCGUGAAGGGGGAAGGGAAACCACGCUUCCGCGGGAUCGAGUCGCUACAAUCCGCGGAAAGAGACCGGAGUCCGCGGAGGGAACGGGGACAUCCUCCUUCCCCUCGCUCCCUUUCCCCCCUCCCCGCCGUUCGUCCUUUGUGUCACGUACGGCAAUUGAAUAGAACGCCGGGACCGAUCGGAGCCGAUCUUGCGGUCGGUAGCGUUCCACGCCGAACGGUUCGACACAGAGGGAACACGUACGCUUCUCCCUCCUUCGCGUACACGGAGUAUUCGUCCUGCCUCGGAAGGCAGGCAAGGCUCGCAUGCCUCGCUCGAUCGUCCGCCGGUUGCCGCGAGGAGGGAGGACGCGGUGUGCGGACGGUUAGCGCCCCGUCCGCCUUCCCUCCCAACGGUAUAACAAGAAAUGCCCGGGCUGGGCUCUCUGUCUUACGUGCGAGUUUUCGUCCCGCUCGAGCGUUGUCCUCGCCCGCCGCGAAAAGCCGGAGUGACUCCCGGCACGCUCGCGCCGAGAGACGUUUCUUAAGCAGCGUUCACAUCGCCGAUGAUGGCCGUUCGAGCUGCCUUUAACGACUCGAGCAAUCAUCACGAAUCGUUGGAAAAAAAAAGAAACUCAACUCGCCAGAAGCACAAACUCGACUUUCAGAAUACGAUAAAGACGCAACCGAUUAAAUUAGUUGGGAAAUCGUCGCCGCAGGUUCUUCAGUAGACACACAAAUAAAAUUUAAAAAAAAUAAAUUUAGCUAAUAAAAUUUCGAAAAAACCGAGAUUGAUCAGAGAAAGUGAAGACAAGUCCGCGCUGGCGCUUGUUCGUCUUCCCCUCUUCAAGAUGGACCCAGCAUUAAGCCCGGUUUACGCAGGCGACGUAACGUCGCGGCAGUAAUUAAACGCGCCACUCGGAGCUAAUGCGCCGCGACGUAACGACGACCUUUCCGAGAUUUGCCGCUCGUUUCUGUCCGCUCCUUCUUUUUCUUUAAUUAAAUGCCAGUGACGACGACGACGACGACCAAAAGCGGACGCGGCGACGCGCGGCCACGCGAUUGCAUCUCGGAAUCGGGGACCCCGUCGGAGAUAUGGCGCCUUAAAUUUCACGUGGAUUCGUGCCUCGGACGGGGAUACGGGGAUGCGAGGAGCACGAGGAGGAAGAUGAAUUACGAAGAUAGCGGCGGCUUAGUCGCGCGGGAGAAACUUAUCGUCGAGAUUGGCGGGGCGCGUCGCGCCGCGCCGCGUUGCUCUAAUAAUUAAUAUCGGCGUAGCGCGAUCGAUAGCGUCCUAGCGAAAUAGCAAUAACGAUUCGCUACCACCGCCGCGAUGACUCGGCUGACGCCUCAAAAAUGCCCGCUAUGAAAUUAUCGAUGAAUCUCGGCCUUAUCUCGGCGUCCGGCGUGCGCGCUAUCGUUUGCGCGGAGAUUUUUUGAUAAACUGGCGCACACGGAGCAAUCACACGCAUAAAGCGGCGGCAAAGCGAGAUGGCGCGAUAAGGCACGAUAGUGUACGCAUUUAGUUGAUACGCGCUGCCGCGUACCGCGUAACGCGGCAUUAAAUUUCCUUUCAAAGGGGGGAGUCGCGCUCCAAAGCGAAGUAAUUAAUUUAAUUUAUUAAUUUAGAGUUUGAUUUAACGAUUUAUAACUCGUUAAAAAUUCCCUCUUUCUUACAUAAUACCCUCGUAGGAUCCCACCUCGAGUUCAUCCCCGCUGAAAUGUCGAGCAAUAAAAUGCGGAUGCAGCUCGGAAAAAUGUGAAAACAUCCCGAUAGACAAUGAGAAGCUGGUCCACGAGGUCUAUAGGAAAGACGCAAUGCAAUUCGCCGACUUGCGUCACCGUCCUCGCAGCCGGCAAACUUACGGCCGACACAAAUGAAUGUCAAUAUCCGAUGGAGAGAAAUAAUUCAACGAACCGUGCUCCCGAUUCCCGCGCUUUAUCCGUUCCCUUAUCUCUUACUUUUCCGUCGAACUUUUCUCUCUCUGGAAACCUGUCUCCGAGAGCUAAUACCAUCCGCCCGCCGGUUCACCGGGGGAAUGAGAGUACUUCGCCGAAGUGGAGCACGACUACGACGGUUCCGACGGUGCAUCGCCCUUCCGCUUAAGAAACGGGGACGGAGCCCGUUCGGGAGUUAGCGCGAAUGAGAAAAAGCGUCUUACCGAGCUUUCCACGAGGAACAACAUCGGGCAAGGAGCCCGAAUAGAAGAGCGGUUCCCGAAGAGCGAAGGAACUACUGGGACGCGAUGUCUCUGCGAAUUUCUCGAACGGGCAGGAUCAUGCAGAAAGAGUUGAUGGACCGGCCAUAAGUGAAGACGGAGAGGCAAGGAAGAAAGAGAAGGAAGAAGAAAAAAAGGAGAAGGAAAGAAGCGAGGAGAAGAUAUUGCGGCACGUUGGUGGGUGUAUGAAGAGCGACGUGGAGAAGCAAGAGCAGGAGAGCGACGCGUUUGCACGAGGGAAAGGAGAGAAAGAGGGAGCGCGAGAGAGACAGAGAAAGAUAGAGAAGGAGAGAGAGAGAGAGAGAGAGAGAGAGAGAGAGAGAGAGAGAGAGAGAGAGAGAGAGAGAACCCAGCAUGUAUCCGGUAUUUGAGCCGAAGGUGUUGCGUGCAAGUUAACAAGCUAACGAGACGCCGUGCGAGUGCGAUUUUCUUUCCUAUCAACCUCAAUCUGCUUCUCACUCUCUUUCCUUACCCUUCGUACCCCUCUUUCCUCUUCAGCGCACGACUCCCUUUUCCCGCCGCUAUCUGCCCGCUUCCCCUCGCCUCUUUGUCUCUACCAUCGGCGCGGUCUCGUCGUGUCUUAUUCUUUCUUGAUCUCCCGUCGUUUCUCCUUACCUUCACUCCCUUUUCUUUCCUCCCAUCUUUCUCUCUCUCUCUCUCUCUCUCUCUCUCUCUCUCUCUCUCUCUCUCUCUCUUUCUCUCUCGCUUUCUUCCUCUCGGUCAUCGCGGUCUUUUCAGGAUAAAAGGGGAAAAAAAUAAAGAAGAGAAAAAGAAAACCGCGCGGCGACGAUGGCAUCGUGUCUCCCGUUUUACGGCACGUUGAACCUGUCAGUGCGAGUACACCAGAUUAACCUGCACUCGUUAGUAGACCGCAUUAAUGCGCUCCUAACGUCCACCCGGCUUCUCCCGGCAAACGAAGAUUGAAUUAUUCACGAUCGCGCGCGACCGGUUAGCCGCCCGAUCGCGGAAAAUCGAAACCCCGCGUACCAUUCGCGGGAAAACGUUGCAAACUAAACGGUAGAAGAUAUAAAGUCACACGAUUCGUAAUUCUGAAUUAUUUGUAAGUGAUCCAAAUCGCUGCUCUCCGUCUCUGUCUCUCUCUCUCUCUCUUUCUCCCACCAUCGAGCGAUUCGACGUCUCUUGAUAGACCGGAUUCAUUCCUCGAAGACCAUUAUCCCGAUUUCUCGGCGGCCCGUAGCCGAAUACGAUGGGGUCGCAGCCUCUCUCCUCUUUCUUUCCGUCUCCCACUUCUUUCUCUCGAAACUCAUGCGAUAUGUAUCGCGUAUGAGUAAUCGUCGAGUGGCGAGUGGCCGUAUUAUGAAUGGUUUUCCGUUCGCCCGCCGAUGUAGCUAUACAUCAGGCCGUUAAUUACGCAAAUGAAAUGUGUAUUAUACCGAGUGUCAACAAUUCACGCGUACGCGGGUAAGCGUCCUGUCUUUCUCUGCCGUGCCCCCGGGAAUUAAGCCCUUCCUCGCGCGGAUAUCGCCGCGCGGAAUGUUCCCCGCGCCGGCAGUGCCUCGCAACGCGGGAACGGUAAACGGGCAAAUAAUUAAUUUGCUUCAUAUGCACCGGACGAUUACCCCCGCUGUGUAAAACCGCUCGCAGCGUAUAAAAGCGCAUUUCACGGUGCGGUUAUGGCGAAUAAUACCCCGUAACUAGCUGCCGCGCCGCCGCCGUGCCGUUUCCACGGCGGGGUGCAGAUGAGGAGCGAGGAGAGGGGAAUCGUAUUACCGGCGCGGUAUCCGUUACGACCGUAAUGACAUGCGGCAUUUUUCGUCUGCAAUUAAAGACGCGGACCGGUCUCUGCGAAUCGCCCCCGAAAAGAUACCUCCAUCUCCGAUUCGCACGACAGAAAGAGAGAGAAAGAAAGAGAGAGAGAGAGAGAAGCGCGAUUUUUCCUCGCGAAACGACGUGUCUCACACUUUUCCCGUGAGACCAGGAAGUCUCCCGCUUCUGGGAAAUUAGGAGAGCCGACGAUCAUUACGCGGAGCGAGUUUCCACUCGUUUUUUCUCUCUCUCUCUCUCUCUCUCUCUCUCUCUCUCUCUCUCUCUCUCUCUCUCUCUCUAUCUAUCUUUCUCACUCUUUCUUGGGGAGCGAUACGAUGAUUUGCUGCCUCUCGUCAUCAGGUGCGAUAGCAACUAUAACAACGCUCGGGUUCACCGGUGACGAGAGGCGCGGCGAAGCGUGAGCACCACUGCGCCGCGAAAGUCGGGGAGGAUACGGGCGGCCCCCGACACGAUGGUGGGAAUACACGUGCACGACCGUGCUGCACGAAAAUUCAUAUCCACCGUGGCAGGGGCAAGGCACUGGAAGGCAGGCAGGCAGGCAGGCAGGCGAGCAGGCGAGCAGGCGAACAGGCAGGCAGGCAGGCAGGCAGCCAGCCAGUCAGCCAGCCAGCCAAGCAGGCAGCGUAUAAAGGCGAGGCACGACCGUCGAAAUAUAUUUGCACAUACAUUUUUUCCUUCGGGCGCGCGGUUAUACAAUAUCCGGGAAGAGAUACCCGCCACCGAAUAAAAAAGGAUCGUCGCGGGCUGAAAUAAAACGUACGCGACGCGGCUUUCAAAUACAUUAUCGGACGAAUUCUUGUUUACGGGCGCUCCGAAAGGCUUCGCGCAGGGCGCGCGGCGGCACAGCGUUGGAUAUCAUUUGCUUACCGGGGGCACAGCCGGAGUCGUCGAGAUAAACGCGCGCGUCGGAAGGAAGCCCGCGAGGAAGAGAGAGAAAGAGAGAGAGAGAGAGAGAGAGAGAGAUCCCGCAUCUCGGAGCGUCUCCUCUCGGAAGGUACGCUCGCGGGUACGCCUCGCGCCGUGAAUAACAAGUACGAUGUUAUUACGAGCGACAAAUAAACGCGUUUGCCAGAGCUCUCCCCUCUCUCUCUCGGCGCUCCGUCACCGGAUCGGGAAUAUUUACGCGCGAUAGGCCGCGCGUUUAAUAAAGAUAUCGCAUAAUUCGCGACUCGAUAGAGCGUUAUAUGUCCCGCGACGUGUUCCGCGAUUUUGCGCAUCAAUCGCUCGUAACGUCGCCGGUAGCCUCGCGAGAGGGACGAGUAAUCGCGGCGCAAGUCGCUCCGUCGUUCCGCGAGUCGUCCGGCCGCUUAUGAUCGGCCUUAAAAUCGCCCUAUGCAACGAGUGACGAGGCAAUAAUUAAUACGUCGAAAUAUACCGCUACGGUCAACGCGCGCGGGGCCGAGUCAUUUGUAAUCCAACCGACGUUUAAUGCCCUCCCCGAUGAUAGACGGACGUGUGUGCGUGGCGAGUUGACGAUCCGCGAGUCGUAAUUGUGAGUUACGUUACUGUUAAUCCUUUAACCUUUCUCUACUUUCCCUCCGUUAGGUACGACCUGUCCCUCUAUACGCGAAGAUUCAUGGACCGCGUGGGGCUGUCGACGCGUUUAGUCUGUGAAGUCAGUCCCAUUGUCGACUGUUUAACGAGAACGCGGAGGCAGCAGCCGUCGCCUACUUAUGUGUAUGUGCGUGGCUAAACGAGCCGAAGCUGGAGAUAAUCUGAAAAGUAUGCGGAUAUAUUUGUAUAACUCCAAGCGAUCCAUAAUCCGACGUGAAACGCCAUAAUUCAGAAAUCCUUUGCGCCGACAUCUCUGAAUUAAGAAAUUGUCAAAUUCAUCAAGGUUAUAUGCAAACGGCUACGGCCAAACAAUGUGUUCCGAAUGUGUGCCUUCUUUCUCUUUUACAUUUUUUUUUAUAAAUGAUUAAAUGCAAUAGAAAAUUAUAUUAUUGAAACUUGAGUAAUUUUAUUACUAGAGAUGUUAUCGAAUUCUUAUUAAUUUUUACGUUAGGAAGAAUAUUGCCAAUAAGAGCCAGCACUAGAUAUUCAUGUGCAAGAACUUUAUUUCAGAUGACGUUAAACGUAUUGCAACGUGAACGUAAUUAAAAAAGUUUCGAGUUCUCUUCAGUGCAAAGUAUAAAAAUGCAAAACUGUCUGCAAUCGCAAGUUGCGUUAUCUUCUAAAGGUCUAAAAGUGAAUGUCAAAAAUGUAAAGGCUCUAACUCAUGGUCAAUCAGGAAAUAACGGUCAUUAAAAUAAAAAGAGGAGAUAAACUGUCAGUUGUUAUUAUACACGUGUGAGGAUACCACUUUGUUGGUGUCAAACAACGGAAUAUUUAAUUUUUAGUAAAUAAUGAUUAAUUUUCAGUCGUAAAUUACUUAAGCAAAGUUACAAGAUACAUCCAGCAAAAGUAUACACGCGAAGAUUUUUGCGAAAGGAAGCUCGGGACAAUUUGCACGACUCGCUUAGUCGAGCUACGAAAAUAAUUAGCGUUAGUCACAAAGAGAAAAGAGCAGGACACCAGAGAUCGAGCGGCUCAAACCUGAAAGAAAUUGUCACGGUAAGUGCACAAACGAGCCGCCCGAUUACAAUCGCGAGAUCCGGACUGGGAUAAAUGAGAUUUCAAAAUGCGCUGAUGAUUUAUCGAGGCGAGUAACGUCCGCGUGCAACAUCUCUCCGGCGCGGGAAGACUAAAACGCGCGGGUUUCCAGGAAACUCCCCGGCAGGAUGUUGAAACUCGCGCGAGGUCGCGGGUGAAGGACAGACCGCCGCCGCCGCCGCCGCCGCCGAUGUAAGUAGGUACUGAACGAUGCUCUUAGCGUUUUCCUUUCACUGACAACGCUACGUGGUUAUCAUUUCUUUUCGCAAAUUACAGCGGGGCGGCGAGAGUGUACCGAAGUACAAAUCUUGGCGUAGCGAGCUGUUAGCGCGUUUAAGCUAGUCGUCCCGCCCUCGUCCUCCUCACACAGUCACUCUGACCACCCACCCCAGGAAAGUGCAAGUCGCGCCCUCCCUCUUCUUCUGCGCGCGCGAGCACGCAUUGUGAAAAAUUGCGCGGCUACAUUGUGCCCGUAAUUGCGCCCGUAAUCUUGAUUACGGGCGCGCACGCUGAAAAUCGCCGAGCGUGGACGGAACCGCGCGACGGACGCGGCGACGCGGGGGAAAGUGAGACCACGGAGUCCCACGCAUCCUGCACGCUCGUCGUCGUCGUCGUCGUCGGUCGGCUCCCGUCGCAUCCUGCGCUAAAUGCGUGCGGCGUCGCGUGUACACGGCCGGUGUUAAACGCGAGAGGCGUCGCAGCGCGAGGCACGACCCAGUGACACCAAAGGGGGAAUUUUUCCUCCUCGUCCGUCCGAUUCACCGCCGUCCCUUUCCAUCCGGUCAAUCCCCUCGGGGGUUAUCUUACUUUUUUUUUUCACUCGAGCAAAACUCACGUUUUUGUUUCCUUUUUUUUCCUUUUCUGAUUUCGACGACGAAUAAAAUAGCAAAGAGGGGAGGGACACGAGAUGUAUCAAACGUAAUUAAAAGUAAUUAUCCGAGAAAGAGGGCCGCUUAUAAUCACAGCGACGCGAACAAGGAAAAAUCGCGUGAAAGUUUCUCGAACGCAACGCGAUGCGGAGAGCCGAUCCAAAAGACAUCGGCGCGACCUUUCAGUCGAGCCGCGAAUCCGCGCAUUCCGCUGAUAAUCGCCGCUAUUAUCCGAUGAAGUCGCGGGACUGACGCGGUUUACGUACAGCACUAUUCGUUAAUGGCUGGACUUCAGUUUCUGUACAUGGAGUUUCAUUUCUGUUGCGUUUUUUGUUCCUCAUCUACAAGAAGAUGAGAGGUUUCGCAGAUUGCGCACAUGUUACACUGACAGUCUACAACCUUCAACGACAAAAAUAGCGUACAGAUGUACUUGAUACCAACCGUAUAGAUGAGAUAACCGAGAUGGUAAAAAACACAAAUCCAGACAUUAAUGAACAGUACUGUACGUGAAAUAUCCUCCGUCUGUCGUUUCGAGAUUGGUGCCUACGUAAUGAAGCGCGCCACCUUUCUACGCGAGCUUCAGCUUCCAGGUUAAGCAGUCGUCGAGAGAGCUCGCGAGGAAAAUGUCAGACCCAUAACGGUCCGCGAUACAACGCGAGAGCGCGUUGCCGGCGACAGCGUAGCGCUGAACGCGCGCAUCUGCACACGACACGAGUAAAACGCCGCGAGUAAAAAAAAAA